AUGAAACAAGCAUCACUGUACAGGCUCAAGAAGUAUGUGAUUGAAGAGCUGUUUGGUGGCCAUGAUGAGUCUUACUCUCAUUUGCCUAGGUAUGCUGACAUGAUAUGUGCCACUAACCCAAAGUCUAAGGCAUUUGUUGGUUGGACAUUAAGUGAGAGCAUACCUAGGGUGAACUUGUUCACUAGUAUGUUCAUUAGCUUUGCUGGACAGUGGAAGGGAUUCCUUGCUGGGUGCAGACCAUUGAUUGGGGUUGAUGGGGCCCAUUUGAAAGGAAAUUAUGGGGCAUAUGCUGUAGUAAGUGGAGAAGACAAAGAGACAUGGUCAUACUUUCUUUGGCAAAUAUACAACAUUGUCAAGGAAUCAGGGAGGAAAGACUGGACCAUCAUUUCUGACAGGCAGAAGGGAGUAGAUAUUGCCUUGACCAAUGUGUGGCCAGAAGCAAAGAGAAGAUACUGCUGCAGGCAUUUGAGUAGGAAUUAUAAGAAAUCUUUUCCUGGGCCUUUGAUGUACAUUUUGUUCUGGAGGGCAUGCAAUGCCACUAAUGUGUACAACUUCAGAAAGGCUAUGGAAAGGCUACAAAAGGAAGGGGGAGCAGAUGUGAUGAAAUGGUUUGCUGACUUGGGUGAUCAGACAAAAUGGAGCAAACAUAAGUUUGAUCCAAAUGUGUGCAAUGACUCCAACACCUCAAAUUUUGUUGAGAUUUUCAAGUCCACACUAGGGGUAGACAGAUGCAGACCAGUUUCAACAUUGCUUGAAGGAAUUAGAAGAGUUUGCAUGCUUCUCAGAGAGAUCAUCAAAGCUACAAGCACAUGCAGGGCAUAUCAGUCAAGUCCUGGAGAGUAUGAGAUUCAUGAGGGGAGGUCUCAAUUCCCUCUAAGUCUCAACAACAAAAUAUGCUCAUGUGGAGCUUGGCAGUUGUCUGGUAUCCCCUGCAGACAUGCAAUCAGAGUUAUGCUGCAUGCUAAAGUAGAUCCUCACAACAAUGUUAGCUCAUGGUAUUCUGCAAAAACAUACAAGCAGGUGUACUGCCAUGCCAUACACCCAAUUCCUGAUUUCUCUCAAUGGCCACCAGCUGAUCCUAACCACCCCAACCAGAUUGCCCCACCAAAGAUGAAGAGAGGUAUUGGAAGGCCCAGCAGAAACAGAAGAAGGGAAGAGGGUGAAGAGCAACCAGGCAAGAGGGCAAGAAUUGUGAGAUGCAACAGCUGUGGAAAUUUUGGCCACAACAAAAAGACUUGCAAAGGAGGUUUAAGUGGGAAGGAAUUGAAAGCAAGUGAGGCAUUGGUGGUUAAAAAUCCAAGGGUGAGGGAUCAAUCAAAAGCUGCCAAGGAAGCUGCUGUUAAGUCCAAAGCUGCUGGAGCUGCAACAGAGAUCUCAUCAUCUCAUAUGUUCAGCCAACCUUAA